GAUUGCGAUUGUGUUUUCGGUGCCUUUGACUAUUUCGAUUAAUCUAUGUAUGUCCCUCUAUAUUAUAAGGUAUAGUUGCUCAUGAUGAAGGCGCUCGACUGAAUCUGGGAUAUCACAUCUACGACCCUCAUAUACAAUCGACAUCCCAACUCGCCACUCUCUUCAUGUGGUGUACGCCCCUCCUCCCAUCUAUCCCCGCCAGCGGCUAAUAGACAGUCUAUCUCUGCCAAAUCUUCUGGGCCAUCGCCAUCUACUUUGUCAAAAUGUCCCUCCUAGCCCUGUAUCUGCGCAUCUUCCCCAACCGCUCCCUCCGCCUCGCCGUCUUCAUCUGCAUGGCCAUCCUCACCCUGUCCGUCCUAAUCACCGUCCCCAUGGCAAUCUGGCAAUGCAACCCGAUCAGCGCAACAUGGCGCGUCACGGAACGCCGCCACGCACACUGUCUCAGUCUCCGACAGGUGGCGUACGCAAACGCCGGCGUGAAUAUCGCGACCGAACUGGCCGUCUUUAUCAUCCCGAUUCCGGUUUUGAGGAAACUGCAGACUACGCCCGGAAAGAAAAUUGCGUUAUAUGUGUUGCUUGGGAUGGGGGUUUUGUAUGUUCCCUUACUCUAUCUAUGAAUGAUAUGCUAAUGGUUACCUCAAGUGUGAUUGGAAUCGCGUCCGCCCGAAUCCCCAGUCUCGUGUAUAUAGACAGCUUCGACGAUCCGACGUACAACGACGCACCGGCUGCGCUGUGGACGACGGCGGAAUCGGCUAUUGUGCACAUCUGCGCGACAGCACCGGCACUACAUUCGCUGUACUCCCAUGUAAAACGCAAAUAUAUUGACAGUUCAACGGAGCAAAUGCCGUCGGGUAAAACGUCCAGGCAAUCAGAGUCGAGGAAGGAAUCUGCGGGGAUUGAAAGAAAGUCGGGGUUUGAUUGGAAAAAUGAGCCGACUGUAUCUUUGCCAGAUCGGGUGCAGCGGCGUGAGGAUGUGGAGAGGGGAUUGUAUAGAGAGGCGUUUGGGGAGGUGGCGGAGGGGCAGAAGCGGAUAUCGUGGG